GCACGCCGAACCAAAAUCCAAACCCCUCCCUCGUCGGCAGAAGACCCGGGGUGCCCCCAUGAAACCCUCCGCCCCCAACGACCUCCCGCCAGCCUCCUCACUCUCUCCCCUGAUUCCUCUGCUCCGCUGUGCGUGCCGUUCCUCCCCUGAUCGAUCAGAUCGGCGCCACAGAUUAGAUUACCAGGAUAGGCGCUGGCUGGCUGGCUGGCUCCUUGGAGAAACAAAACAAGCGACCGGCUGUUCAUUUGUUUAAUCCCUGCUUGCUCACGAAUUCAAGAACGGAGAGAACAGCGAGGCUGAGAAAUGUGUGCCAAGAGUUAAACAGAGGAACUUGUUCUUUGGUGCGACUGUGAGGGAGUUUGAAAGGGGAUAGGAGACGGUAGAGCGGACACGAGAGAGAUGGCGGGCGGAUUCGCCGGCGGCGAGGUUGGCGCCGGGAGGGCGGAGUUCUACGAGGGGAAGAUCACCGGCUACUUCAUCCUCGCCUGCAUCGUUGGCUCCUUCGGUGGAUCCCUCUUCGGCUAUGAUCUCGGAGUAUCCAGCGGUGUGACGUCCAUGGAUGACUUCCUGAUCAAGUUCUUCCCGGACGUGUACGCGCGGAAGCACGCGCACCUGCACGAGACGGACUACUGCAAGUACGACAACCAGAUGCUGACGCUCUUCACCUCCUCGCUCUACUUCGCCGGUCUCGUCUCCACCUUCGGCGCCUCCUACGUCACCAAGCGCCGCGGCCGCCGUGCCAGCAUAAUGGUCGGCGCCGCCAGCUUCUUCCUCGGCGGCGCCAUCAACGCUGCUGCCAUGAACGUCGCCAUGCUCAUCGUCGGGCGCGUGCUCCUCGGCGCGGGCAUCGGGUUCGGCAACCAGGCCGUCCCGCUCUACCUCUCCGAGAUCGCGCCGUACCGCAUCCGCGGCGCCGUCAACCAGCUCUUCCAGCUCACCACCUGUCUCGGCAUCCUCGUCGCCGACAUCAUCAACUACUUCACCGACCGGCUGCACCCCUGGGGGUGGCGCCUCUCUCUGGGGCUCGCCAUGGGCCCCGCCACCGCCAUCUUCGUUGGCGCCCUCUUCCUGCCGGAGACGCCCAACAGCCUCGUCGAGCGCGGGCAGCUCGAGGAGGCCCGUCGCGUGCUGGAGAAGGUGCGCGGCACGCACAAGGUGGACGCCGAGUUCGAGGACCUGAAGGAGGCCAGCGAGGUGGCUCGCGCUGUCAAAGGCACGUUCCGGAACCUGCUCGCCGUGCGCAACCGGCCGCAGCUCAUCAUCGGCGCGCUCGGCAUCCCGGCGUUCCAGCAGCUGUCUGGUAUGAACUCCAUCCUGUUCUACUCGCCCGUCAUCUUCCAGAGCCUCGGCUUCGGAUCCUCUGCCGCCCUCUACUCCUCCAUCAUCACUGGCUCCAUGCUCGUCGUCGGCGCUCUCAUCUCCAUGGUCACCGUCGACCGCCUCGGCCGCCGCUUCCUCUUCAUCGAGGCCGGCAUCCAGAUGAUCUCCUCAAUGGUGGUGGUGGCGGUGAUCCUGGCGCUCAAGUUCGGGCACGGCGAGGAGCUGACCAAGGGCGUGAGCACGGUGCUGGUGGUGGUCAUCUGCCUCUUCGUGGUCGCCUACGGCUGGUCGUGGGGCCCGCUGGGGUGGCUGGUGCCGAGCGAGCUGUUCCCGCUGGAGAUGCGGUCGGCGGGCCAGAGCGUGGUGGUGUGCGUCAACCUCUUCUGGACGGCGGCCGUGGCGCAGUGCUUCCUCGCGGCGUUGUGCCACCUCCGGUGGGGCGUGUUCGUGCUCUUCGCCGCGCUCAUCGUCGUCAUGUCCAUCUUCAUCAUCCUCCUGCUGCCGGAGACCAAGCAGGUGCCCAUCGAGGAGAUCUGGAUGCUCUUCGACAAGCACUGGUACUGGAAGCGCAUCGUCCGCAAGGACCCCAAGUACCAGGGAAAUCUCCACCAGCAGCAAGAAGUGGCAGCAACAACUGCUGGUAAUGCUGGUGUUAAGUCCAGCUCAGAUGUUUAGAGCUUGCUAUUGUUACCUCUGGGUGUUGCUAUUGUUAAUAAGUUUUAUGGUAUUGUUCUUGUGAGGAGACAUUACUAGUUAGAUGCUGCUGUGAUCAUGAUGCAUGAAAGAGGUGGUGUUGAUGUUCUUGGGAGUUCAGAUUGGUUGGGCAAAGCUUUCCCAAGGUGUAAUUGGUGGCGGGUUGAUGAAUCUUUAUGCAAAAAGAUCCAAGGCCAA